UUAUACAAUUCGUAAAGAAAUGUAUUAAUAAUUCAUAUAUAACCGGAUUGUAAAAAAAUCUGGAAAAUGAGUGGUGACGACUCAGAUGAAGAAAAUUUAAUUCGUUACGGUACUCCACUUGAACCAUUUGAAGAAGAUGAGGUGCCUUCAAAGAGAAAGUUUCAGCAACAGCCAGACCAGUAUGCUGUAGAUGAGCAUGGGCGCCGAAGGUUCCACGGUGCUUUCACAGGUGGAUUUUCUGCAGGAUAUGGAAAUACAGUGGGAACACCGGAAGGAUGGGCACCAAGUAGUUUUAAAAGUUCACGUUUAGAAAAGGCUCAAAUUUCUAAUCAAAGACCAGAAGACUUCAUGGAUGAAGAGGAUCGUUCUGAAUUUGGAAUAGCCCCUAGAAAUUUGCAGACAAAGAAUGAGUUCUCAGGACAGAAGCGGCCCCAUCAACAACGAUAUCAUGAUGGGCCUAUUCCUGGUGAACCAGUUCUAGAACAAUUUAUCCGAGCGGUGCACGAGACGACUGCGGUGAAGAUGCUCCGUAGAAUGGGCUGGAAGGAAGGUCAAGGGGUGGGAGACAGAGUCACGCGAAGGGAAAAGAAACGGGCAAAAGACCAGCACAAGGUGUAUGGGUGUUAUAUGCCUACAGAUAUAAGACAGGAAACCAAGCAAUCCGACGAAAGUUCCGACUCGGAAUUUGAAUACGACACGUUAUUCGCGCCAGACGAUUAUGACCCUUACAUACUACAGCAUAAGAGCGAUCGGUUUGGUAUCGGCUAUAAGGGUUUAAGUCGGCACUCGGUGCUGGGGAACUUGGUCGGCGAGUACGGCGGCGCCGGCAGCUCUAAGAGCCAUUUACUUAUGAACGAAAAAGGAAAGAAGGUGUCGAUCCGCGGACAGGCGUUCGGCGUGGGCGCGUUCGAGGCGGACGACGACGACGUGUUCGGCGCGCCCGACAUGUCGCACUACGACCGCGAGGCAGGCGGCGCCGCGGACGAGCCGCCCCGCGACGCGCCGGGGAGCUGCAGAGAGCCGCGAGUGCUGGAGGGUUUCGUGAGGGCGACUAAACCCCCGGCGGCAAUAGCGAGUUACCCCCCACCUGCACUCCCGCGUGACUACACCCCCGCGCCCGCGGGCGUCCGGCGCUCCCGGUUCGAGCCCACCGCGGAGCCGCAGAGGGAUCAAGGUCUAGGACGCCACGAUCUCACGUCGGAAGCUCGAGGUGCUUUACUCGGCGAAAAGCCAAUCCCGAAGAUAGAAGAACAAGACACUAACACACAAACUCAAAACACAGAAGUGACCAAAGUUCUCGAGAAAACGAUCAACUUCGUAACGGAGAAUACACAAAAAGAUAAAGAAAUAGAUUUCAUUUCCAUAAAAGAUAGCGGCAAAGAAAUAAACGUUUUCAAACCGUUUGUCAGCGAUCCGAAGAAACAAGCUCGAUACGAGCGCUACUUGCAAGGAGAUAGCACGAUAGAAAGAGAUGGGGCUACUGGAGGGGAUAGAUUGAGUGACUGGGAGAGGAAUAGAGAAAUGGCGGAGUUUGAACAAGCUGCUAAGCUAUAUAGGCCUUUAUCAGGAAUCAUGGGAGAUAGGUUCACCCACGCCUCUGAGCCAGACGACGGCGCCCUGAACCCCCUGAGUGCCGUGGCGAAGAGCUCAAUUAAUUACGGGUUAGCAACACCAGAGCAAAUUGAAGCGGCUAAAAUGGGAGCGUACGGAGUCAUAACGAGAAGGGAAGUGAAAUGGCGACCGGAACCGCUUGUCUGCAAGAGGUUCAAUGUACCGGAGCUUGGAGAGAGAAUUGAAACUAAGAAGGACGACAAACCCAAAGUAUCGUAUUCAAUUUUCUCAUAUUUAGAAUCAUCGGUUCACGACAAAGAGAGCUUUACGAGAGAACAGAGUAAGUUUAGUGGAUCGAAGUCAUUAAACGUUGACCAUGGAAAAACUCCUAAGAAAGAUAAAGAAAUUGAUAUCAACCCGAUAGCACAUGUCAGUAAGCCUAUAGAACCAGUGGAAGCGAACACUGGUCAUAAUAAAAGAAUGACAGUCGCAGAGUUAUUCAUGAAGGAGUGCGAAAAGGACUUGCAAAUUAAAAAUAAAGAGACCGAAGUCGUGCAAACAAUAGAAAAAUUCGAUAGAAUGGAUCUUUACAAGUCCAUAUUUCUAAGUGACAGCGAAAACGAAGAGACCAAUGAAGAGAACACUAGCACAGAUUAUAAAGAAUUUAUAGAAAAGCCUAAAAAUGUAGAAAGGAAUACUUCGCCGCCGAGAGGCAUAUUCGCGAACAUUGAUUUCGAUGAAUUAAAUUCAUGGAAAAGAAACGCCGAAGAUAAAAACCCUAAAACAAAUGAAAAAUCAGUUGAAAAUAAUGUCAGCGAGUCAAAAAUUAAGACAAGUGAUAACACAAGCGAAAAAAUUGAUAAAAAUGACGAUAAGCAAACAAAUGAUAUAAAUAAUUCGAUUGUAGUAGAAGAAGCUGUUUAUGGACCGAAAAUUCCAGAAAACUUACUUAAAAGAUUAGAACAACCUGAAACCAAUUUUAAACCAAAGUUUAGAACGAGGAAUGAGAGAGAGCGUGAACAAUCGUCCAGUUCAGAUUCUUGGGUCGAAGCGAAGGUUAAAUCGAAAAAGGAAAAGAAAAAGAAAAGUAAAAAGCAUAAAACAAAAAAGAAAUCGAAGCACAAGAAAAAAGAUAAAUGAUUAUUAUAUAUAAAAUAUAUCAUUUAAUAAACAGU